UACGAUGUUACCGGACGGCGGACACGCGCAUUGCUACCUUCCUUGCUAAGCAUUGGAGCACGGCCGCAUCGGGCGGCCCGCGUUUGUGCUGCCGACGGCGGAGCACUGAUCUCGGGGAGCCGGAGCGGAGGGAGCGGCGCCAUGGCCAACAUCGCGGUGCAGAGGAUCAAACGGGAGUUCAAGGAGGUGCUCAAGAGCGAGGAGACCAGCAAAAAUCAAAUAAAGGUUGACCUUGUAGAUGAGAAUUUCACAGAAUUGAAGGGAGAGAUUGCUGGACCGCCUGACACACCCUACGAAGGUGGUAGAUAUCAACUAGAAAUUAAAAUUCCGGAAACAUAUCCAUUCAAUCCCCCAAAGGUGCGAUUCAUCACUAAAAUAUGGCAUCCGAACAUAAGCUCGGUUACCGGUGCAAUAUGUCUGGACAUCCUUAAAGAUCAAUGGGCAGCUGCCAUGACGCUGCGGACCGUGCUGUUAUCACUACAGGCCUUGUUGGCAGCUGCAGAGCCGGACGAUCCCCAGGACGCUGUGGUGGCCAAUCAGUACAAGCAGAAUCCGGAAAUGUUCAAACAGACAGCCCGACUGUGGUCUCAUGUGUACGCCGGGGCGCCAGCCUCCAGUCCCGAGUACACCCGCAAAAUAGACAAGCUCUGUGCAAUGGGCUUCGACAAAAACGCAGUAAUAGUGGCCUUGUCGUCAAAAUCCUGGGACGUAGAGACUGCAACGGAGCUCCUGCUUAGCAACUGAGUCCACAUCCGAAGACUGCUGCACUUAACACUCCCAUGUGUGUGCCCCUUCCAGUCUCCCUCUUCGCCCUCGGUCCCUGUGAUCCGCUCCACCUCCUCUUAUUCCUCCAGUUCCCAUCGCUACUCCUUUUUUGUCUCUCUACCAUAAUCAGCCCUAAAGGUGACCUGUGCCCACCUGCAUUCACAGUACUGUAUGUCCACUUCCUCCCACCCUCCGUUCUCAAGCAGCUCUGUUCCCAUUGGUCCUCUUCUGUUAUGCCCCACCCACAUUCUUCAAGAUGCUGACCCCCAUCUUACCUCCUGUCUUAUGUUCUUUUCUUGAUUCCUACUUCUUAUAGGAAGAAAAAUAUUUAGAUUGAUUUUUAAAUACAAAGAAUGGGGGGGAAACUCGUCACUGUUAACUGAUACCUGCUAUCUGGCUUCGGGCUGAGACUGGAAAAUC